UUACAUAUAAAACCUUAUUUGAUCAUCAAAAAUGGUGAAUAACUCACCACAGGUUAAGGAGAAGGGUGUGAAUAACUCACCACAGGUUAAGGAGAAGGGUGUGAAUAACUCACCACAGGUUAAGGAGAAGGGUGUGAAUAACUCACCACAGGUUAAGGAGAAGGGUGUGAAUAACUCACCACAGGUUAAGGAGAAGGGUGUGAAUAACUCACCACAGGUUAAGGAGAAGGGUGUGAAUAACUCACCACAGGUUAAGGAGAAGGGUGUGAAUAACUCACCACAGGUUAAGGAGAAGGGUGUGAAUAACUCACCACAGGUUAAGGAGAAGGGUGUGAAUAACUCACCACAGGUUAAGGAGAAGGGUGUGAAUAACUCACCACAGGUUAAGGAGAAGGGUGUGAAUAACUCACCACAGGUUAAGGAGAAGGGUGUGAAUAACUCACCACAGGUUAAGGAGAAGGGUGUGAAUAACUCACCACAGGUUAAGGAGAAGGGUGUGAAUAACUCACCACAGGUUAAGGAGAAGGGUGUGAAUAACUCACCACAGGUUAAGGAGAAGGGUGUGAAUAACUCACCACAGGUUAAGGAGAAGGGUGUGCUUGAAAGGAUGCACAUAACUCUGCAAUGUUGGUUUGUAUUGGAGAGAGUCUCACUUAAAUCAUUUCCCCCACACAGUCUGUGCCUGCAUUUAGUUUUCAUGCUAGUGAGGGCCGAGAAUCCACUCUCACAUAGGUACGUGGUUGCAAAGGGCAUCGAUGUCUUAACAGCAUGAUUUGCCAAGGCAAGAAACUCUGAGCGCAGCCCUAUCCAGAAAUCUAGCAGUGGCUUCUGAUUAAAUUACAUUUUCACAGAAUCGCUUGCUGCAAGGCUCUAUUGAGGCUCUCUUGUUCAGAUAUUGGUAAGUGUAUAACGAAUCCAGUUUGUGUCAUCCGUUUCGGGAAAGCACCUGCGUAAUUGCGAACCCAGCUCACUCAGGUGCUUCGCUAUAUCACAUUUGACAUUGUCCGUAGCUGAAGUUCAUUUGCAGACAAAAAAAUCAUACAAUGAUGGAAAUACCUGUGUGUUGACCUUAUUACUGCAGACAGAGAAGAGCUCCAACUUCUUAAUCAUAACCUCAAUUUUGUCCUGCACAUUGAAUAUAGUUGCAGAGAGUCCCUGUAAUCCUAGAUUCAGAUCAUUCAGGCUAGGAAAAACAUCCCCCAGACAGGCCAGUCG